AUGCUUUGUCGAGUUGGGCGGCGAUUCAACUCGUUCAAGAAACAGACGACAUUCGUUCAACUCGGGAAGAAAACUGAAGCUUCGAACUCUUACAGCGUUGGGCAGCAUUUCUUGCAUGACAAGUUGAAUUAUCGCGGACUAGUGCUCUUUGAAAUCCCCCAUUCGCGCUAUACCUACGAUGAGAAAUCCCAAGACUACGUUUUGAACGACGAGGUGAAAUACAUGGCGCUUGUCGACCAACGCGACAUCCCAACUCACGAAACCCAUCUCGUGCAGGAUAUCUUCAAAGACGCGAUGCUCAAUCUUCGCAACGUUGAUGGCUUCGACAUCGUCGACCCCCGCGAGAUCCGUCCAUUCGUCAACAACCCUUUUGAAGGAUACGACCAAAACGGACUCCCAUUGAGGAGCAAAGACGCCUUCGACUUCGACAACUAUUGGUACAAAAAGUUUAUCUACGAUUUCGACGGCGAAGCCAAGGAAACCGGCAACUUACUUAAAUGGAAGAACGAUUACUUUAAUUACGAGACUUUGAGUACGUUUGAACGCACAUGCUGGCCUGAAGGGAUCAAAGUAUCGAUUUCACCCGUGUUUUUGGCUUACAAUUCAAAGACUCAAAUCCUAGGAUCGACAAAUACCCCCGAAAUCCGGAUCGGCCAGUUUGAAGGAGUCUACUACAAAAUAAAACGCCACAAUUUCACAUGGCAAGGCGACGACACUAACCAACAAAUCGAGACUGGACCUGGGCUGAAUGUUGGCUCUGACUUUAUUCCUGGCUCUCCAAAUCUCAGAAGAAAGAGAAAUAUUGGCAGUAUUACGCUCACGCCUGAAAAUCCCAUCUUCAAGUUUACGUCUUCAACGAUGCUCCCGCAGCCAAAUGCACUCUUCUUCGGAAACCUUCUGAUCAAAGACCACCGUGGCCGAGAAUUCAUGCUUCCCUUGCCCAGCUUCAACCUCAACGUCGACCAGAAAAAGCUCGAAAUCGAGAAGCUCCUGCAACAAGUAGAAGUGCCCCCUCGAGACAGCAAAGUUGUCAAUUUGAACACAGUCGAAAAUCCACCAGAGGACAUCCCCACCCACAAACCUUCAGUCACAAAGAAUGGAAAUGCCACGAUUGUCACUGGAGUAAAACUGACGAAAAAAGAUCCAAAGGAUUCAAAUGCAAAUAAUGAUAAUGAUAAGAAAAAGUGA